AUGAACUCAAGCCGGAAUGCUUUUGAAGAAGCUUUUAUGAAGAACCUAAUUACAGUUGGGUUGGGUAUCAUCAUAACCUACAUCAAUGGAAUCUUUGUGAUUGCCUUUUUUAAAAAUCCAGUUUUCUACACUGACACAAGAUACAUUCUGUACAUUCACCUCGUCAUCAAUGACAUAAUUAUGCUGUUCCUUUCAGUUACUCUGCAUGUCCUCAUUUAUACUGUACCUCUUUUGAAUGUCACAGUCUGCAGUUUUCUGCUUCUGUUUGCCACAACAACUGCAGAAAACACUCCACUGAAUCUAGCUGCAAUGGCCUUGGAACGCUACAUUGCCAUCUGCAAACCGCUGCAUCACCCUCAGCUUUGCACAGUGAAAAGGACCUACAUCCUCAUCGGCCUGAUAUGGCUUCUGUCUUCUAUUCCUGCACUAACUGAUAUCAUUAUUGUUUUGGUGAAUGAACCCAUCAGUAUUUUUUCAACAUCCAUUACUUGCUAUCCUAAGAGUCUUUUUAACACAAAUCAGCACCUCAUCAGAACAAUCUCUGUAGAGUCCCUUUAUUUAUCAUGUGUGUGGAUGACGCUGUUCUUUACUUACUUCAGGGUUCUUCAGGCAGCUAAAGCUGCAACCUCUGAUCAGGUUUCUGCCAGAAAAGCCCGGAACACUAUUUUGCUCCAUGGCCUGCAGCUCCUUCUUUGUAUGCUUGGCUAUAUUACUCCAAUUAUAAACUACUUUUUCUUAGCACUGUUCCCAAACUAUAGAAGCAAUAUUUUGUUCAGUACCUAUUUAAUGGCUAAUGUUAUUCCAAGGCUACUCAGUCCUCUUAUAUAUGGAUUCCGAGAUCAAAAAAUGUUCAGAUAUGUCAGAAUGUAUUUAACGUGCAGUCUGUUCCUCACAAAGAUUGAACCAAAUGAAGUCGUGCAGGAGUCAACCAGGUUCACACCAGCUCAUUUUCUGUUUGGCCGUACGCUCAGGACACCCACAAGGCUGAUCUUUGUUCACCCACCGAAGUCGGAGGAGGACAGCAUACCUGUAGCAGGGUAUGCCAAAGGGCUCCACUACUGUCUCCAAGACAUGCAUCAACUCACUAGGAACAAGGGCACGGGCACCUGGGACGUAGGUGUGACUGUACAACCUGUGCCACCAGUCACCAUAGGAAGGCCUGUGCAUGGUAAAAGAGCGCCUGGCAAGGUGGUGUAUCGGGUUUGGGCGGGCGAUGGAUUGUUGUCAUCCACAGAGACAGAUUUGGCCCAUACCAGCCCCACAAACAAGAGACCUCACCAGCCCAGAAAGUGCUGUCACACCAGAGACACAGCCCUGAGGGAGUUGGGGGUACCCAUGGAGCAGGUGCUCCACAGCACUUGUGUCUGCCAGGACAAUAGACAUUCUGAAACCCACACCGCACACACUGUGUUCAAGUCAAUGGGUGAGAGGCAGGCGGAGUGUGGUGGAGAUGGCGUCAUCUAUUGA